AUGUCGACUGAAAAAGAAUCCAUUGACCCAAAGUAUUUAGAGGAAUUAAAAGAACUUGGCCGUUUGUAUGGAGAAGGUGGAGGGAUGCUCGAGGUCUGGAAGGAUUUAAUAUCUGAUUUUACGUUCAAAACAUGGACGUUUUACAUCACAAGAACUGAGGCAGAGUCUUUAGAGCGUAUGAAUAGUUACCUUUGGGGAACCACAUAUACAUCCCGUCCAAAGUACACUCAAUAUGACGCUGAUGAUUUAGUUAUUCAAGGAAUAAAGACUAAACUUGAUGAAGUUGUUAGCCAACACCCACCACCUUAUUUCAUACGUCUUGGGACACGCAGUGCAAAGGACGCAUUUUCGCCUGACAUGAAACUUCGUUUUGAAAAAAUUCUGACAGACAUCUACAAAGAGUCCAAUGAUAUUAAUUCUUCUUCAAAAAAUGGUACAACACUCGAAAAACCAACAAUGAAAGACGUCCAAAAUUAUUAUAUUGGGAGGUUCAAGUUAUUGAAAUGUACAACAACCGACGAAAUGAUGGAUAUGCUUCUCCACUCCGAACGCAUUCGAACAGACUUGACUCGACUCUUGGCACUUCCUACCAUCGACACAAAGAACUUUGAAGUCUUAGCGCUUCGGGAGUGGUGUGACGCUGUUAAUCCCGUGCUUGAAUUUAGGGGGUUCGUUCACAAAGGUAUUUUAACAGCAGUUUCUCAGUACAAUCCGAUAUUCUACAGUGACUACUUAGUCAAAAAUAAAGCCCUUAUUCAAAAAGUUCUUCGUACUUUCUUCGAUGAGAAAUUUAAGCCAACUUUUGAGGAGAAAAAGAAGACUCUUCCGGACGUAUCUCGACUCACGUCGUAUAUUGUGGACUUCGCGGUGACUGAUGUGGAAAGGGGAGAAGUAAAGGUGGUCGAACUUAAUAGUUUCUCGACGUUCGCAGGAGCUUCUAUGUUCUCGUGGAAAAAGGACAUCGAAACUUUGUUUGGAACAAAAGAGUUCGAAUUCAGAAUUAACGAGAAUUGUAGGGAUAACGAAAGCGGCGAUAUGGAACUUUUCCCCGAGGAUAUUAAAAUGAUCGCUAAAGCAAAAAAAGAGGCUGUUCAAUGUAAAGACAAGGCAGAAUCGUGUGUUGUAUGUUGA